CAGCGAGAUCUUCCUUACACCGACAAUCACAUACCGCGUGGAAUUGGUCGAAAACCCUCUAUAUUGGACUAAAGUGCGGACGACAGCACUCCGAGAUCACACUCCUCUGUACCUCGAACCACCGAGAGCGAUCUUUCGAGCGUGUGAAAUAGUUUGUAGUGUCCUCUCCGCUGUCCGAAGCCACCAGUUCGCACGCAUCAAGAUCGGGUGUUGGUCGCACUCAGGAUCACCGCAGCGCUAACGAGGACUGUGAAGCCCACGUCAUUCCUCGCUCUGUCGGUGACCCCCCAUUACGACGUGCGGGAAGAUGAGGACGAUCGUCCGAGUGCCCUGUGCUGCGUGGUAUCCCCGAGCCAUCCACAACCUGUACUCCGUCGUGGAUCCGCAACCGCGCGAGCUUCGACAUGCUAUUCAAGCAGUCCCGCACGUCUCCGCGAGUCAUGCGCUGGCUCACAUCCACUCGUAUACUCAUCGCGUUCGAGUCGGAUCGAUCCCCACGUGUACCAAGAACACGUCCGCAGAAGAUGGCAGCUUGAACCUCAUUGGCCUCGUGUUCGGCAUCGUUAUGUGGGUGAUGUUGUCGACGCAGAUGUGCGCGUCGGUAUGGAGUCGACAACAGAAAGCCCGCCUGUCUGGCUCGCCUGCGUAA